UUUUUUUUUUUUUUUACAGGGUACACCACUGGUCUGCUCUGUCCAUCGAAGCAGCGGCCAUAUAUUGGAACACAUUGCUCAUUGUUUCUUCUGGAGUCUCGGUCUGCAUAGCGGGGUAAAGUUAGUUCGGAGUGUUUUCCUGCGGGAUAUGCGAACGUGAACUGUUUGUGCCGAAGGAGAUCGCAGGCUUUCGUGAGUCGGACUCGGGUGUGUGCCGCAUCAGUUAUUUCAGUGUUAGACCGUUUUCCCCGUGCAUCUGGAGGAGAAGAGGAUCAAAGCUUCGCGUAAUCGUUUCUUGGCUGGACUUGGAGUGUUUCUGUAACACAACUGAGUCAUGAUGGAUCGAGCAGCUCUCAGACUGAUUCUCUUGAGCGUCUUUCUCAUCUCAGCCAGUUCACAUCCUGUUAAGAAGAAACAAGAUGUGGAUAUAUACAGCUUCUACAUUAACUCCACGGUCGCCAGUCGCUACGCCACAACGGUCAUCACAAGCCGUGUGGCGAACACACUGAAUGAAUCUCAAGAGAUCCAGUUUGAGGUCAAGAUACCCAAGACUGCCUUCAUCAGCAAAUUCAGAAUGACCAUAGAAGGGAAGACAUAUGAUGGUGUUGUGAAGGAAAAGCAGGAAGCUCAGCAGCAGUACAGUGAAGCAGUAUCUCGAGGACAAAGUGCUGGACUGAUCAAAUCUGUUGGAAGGACUUUAGAAGAUUUUAGAACUUCAGUGACGGUGGCUGCUUUUAGUAAAGUGACCUUUGAGUUGACCUACGAAGAACUGCUAAAGCGUCGCCUCGGCAAAUAUGAGUUACUCAUCAAUGCCCAACCGAUGCAACCGGUGGCAGAUUUCAAGAUGGAUGUGCACAUCCAAGAGAAACCAGGAAUUUCCUUCUUGGAGGUGAAAGGAGAUUUGAGCACCGGUGAUCUGGCCAAUGCCAUCAAAACCACCAGAGCAGACAAAGACGCAUGGGUGACCUUCUACCCCACUCGAGAUCAACAGACCAAGUGUAAAAGCUGUGGAGAAAAUGGGCUGAAUGGUGACCUGCUUAUAACAUACGAUGUUGAGAGACGAAAUCCCAAAGGAGAAGUCAUGGUAUCAAAUGGCUAUUUUGUCCACUACUUUGCACCCUCUGAUGUUCCACGUAUUCCCAAAAAUGUGGUGUUUAUCAUUGACCGGAGCGGUUCUAUGCACGGCAGAAAAAUAGAUCAGACUCGUUUGGCACUGCUAAGGAUUUUAAGUGAUCUUGAUGAGGAUGACCACUUUGGAUUGAUCACCUUCGAUCAUUCAGUUGACACGUGGAAGCGUGAACUCCUGAAAGCUACAAAACAAAACCUGGAGAAUGCAAAAUCUUUUGUGAAGGAGAUCAGAGAUGGAGGAGCCACAGACAUAAACGCUGCAGUUCUAGCAGGAGUGGACAUGAUCAUUCGACAUCCACGAGAGGGAACCGCCUCCAUCCUGAUCCUGCUGACUGAUGGAGAUCCCACUUCAGGUGAAACUAACAUAGAGAGGAUAAUGGCCAAUGUGAAAAAGGCCAUUGGGCUGAAGUUUCCCCUCUAUUGUCUUGGUUUUGGACAUGAUGUUAACUUUGACUUCCUGACAAAGAUGUCACUGGAAAAUGUUGGAGUUGCUCGCAGGAUUUAUGAAGAUUCGGACGCUGAUCUACAGCUGCAGGGCUUCUAUGAUGAAGUUGCCGUCCCUCUCCUCACUGAUAUUCAACUUCAAUACACAGGAGGGACAAACCUUACCAAGACCAGCUUUAACCUGUACUUCAACGGCUCUGAGAUUGUGGUUUCAGGACAAAUCACAGACAACAGUGUGGAGAGUUUCAGCACUGAAGUCAUUGCAGUAUCGAAAGGCAGUAAUGUGACGUAUCAGGACACUGUAAUGAUAAAAGACCCCAGUGAUGUCCCACCUGAGAAUGAAGAUUUCAUGCAGAGACUGUGGGCCUACCUUACAGUGAAGCAACUUCUGGAAAGGCAGGUGCUUCUUAAAGGACAAGAGAAAGAGGAUGAAGAGAAAGAAGCUCUCAAACUCUCUCUGAAAUACCAGUUUGUCACCCCCCUCACCUCUAUGGUCGUCACUAAGCCACAGGAAGAUGAAGUGGAAGUUUCCGACAAACCCAAAGAGGGAAAAGAGGAUCCCAGACCUCCAGUAAUGGGUUUCCAUCCUUCAUCUCCUGCAUCUGAUGAAGAGGACCUGUUUGAAUAUUCCGAAGCUGAUGAAGAGUACGUUGACGAUCUGUUUGCACAUCCCAAAGCUGAGGAAGAGAAUGAUGACAAUCUGUUUGCACAUCCCAAAUCUGCCGGCUUUGUGGAUGUGACGGGGCAGAGGUUGAUGUUCGGCGGUUUUGGACUGGCAGCUCUUUUGAUUCUCUUUGCUACUGCAGCUGCAGUGAAAGCUUACUGUUCUUACAAUGCAAAGCAAAGAGCUCACACUACAGACCAUGUUCAGACAUCGGAGACUGAUUGCAUUAACCUGAGAAAACGGCAAUGAAACUGUCAAAAGCUUUCUUAAAGACUUAAAUCAAAUAAAUUGCUUUGAUUAAAGCCAUAAUAAUAUAAAACUUCCACACCAUUUGUGCUAUGGACAUGAAUGAUACCUCAUAUCAUGCAGCUUGAGGAGGAGAGUGUGGAACAAUAAAGUGGGAAAUGUGCAUAAAAUGGCAAAGACUUACAUUAAAGGACUCAUCCAUCUAAAAGAACAGAUAAUCAUACUUUCAUAUGUGGAAUUACUCAACUGAAUGUUUCAACAUAUUGUGAUAACAUAAAAUGCAAAAAUUAUUCUUUUUUGAGGACUUUUUUUCUCUCCCCAUUUCACGCUAUAUUUUCCAAGACAAAUCAGUGGCAAACAAGAAGCAUUGCAAAAGAAUAUAAACAAAUUCUAUAAACAAGAAGUUUACACUGUCAAUGACACUUUAGACACUUUGUGGCAUCUUCAUUCUUGGUUGCUUCCUCUUGGUUACAUCAUUGAUCUGAUGACACAAAGUUUUAUAUCAGCUCCAUACUCACUGUCUUCUCCCCACUAGCUCUUUAAAUGCCUGUAUGAAUCACAUCAAAAUUACCAGUAUUCUCAAGGGAAACAGAACAAAAAUGUAUUACUAAUUGAUUCCAAAAAUCAUACUAUUUCUCAUUCUGAUUUGUCUGUUGACAUCAUUGGCUUUCUGAUCAGACCCUGUUCUACAGUUCGUAACUGUUCUCAUAUCUUUAAAAUGUUUGACUAGACUGUGCCAGAUCCUCAAAAUUAAACAUGCUGAGACACUGGAUGCUGUUAAAAACAAACAAAAAAACCUUCAGAUCACUAAGGUCAUCUGACUCAGGUUUACUGAUUGUGCACCAUUAGAUAGUGAAACCUAAUGUCACUGCUAUAACAUUGUGAAAACUCUCACAAUCUCUGUGUGACCUCACCACCACUAAUUCAUAUCUUUUCAAACAAUGAUGCUUUCAUUGCUUGUCUCCUGUUGUGUUUUGGCUUCUGUUUUAUGCUACCCCUGAUGUUUGCCUCAUGUUUCUGGAUCUGGACAAUGACCUUGAGUUUGUAAUAUGGCAUUAUAUUAAAUAAAUGUAUAAGUAUUAUUUCCUGAAA